UACUCCGCUCCGAUAUUCAAAUUCGUCGCGACGUCCCAGGUCACGACUAAUCGGAACAAACAGGAUUGUUCUGUUUUUAUAUCAAUGACCAACAAUGAGCACCUUCUCCGGCUUCGUCAGUGAAAUUCCAGGCAUAUCGGUGGAUCGUUUCCUCGAACGAAACCGGCGACAAUCGACGGUCUUUCUGCUAUCACAUUGCCAUUCGGAUCAUAUGGUAGGACUGGAUUUUCGGGAGAAUCUACCCGGUCCACUCUAUGCCAGUCCGAUAUCGACCGUUUUUCUUAAACAUCGAUUCCCCCAGCUUAGCGGAAACAUACGGUCGCUGGAAAUUGGUGAACCGACCGUUAUAUCGCUGAAAACCGAAAACAAUACCCGACAGCUGCAAGUAACGGCCAUCCCAGCUGGGCACUGUCCCGGUUCGGUUAUGUUUCUUUUCGAAAACGAAAACCAACAGCAGGUUCUUUACACUGGGGACUUUCGAAUUUCAGCUAAAGAUCUUCGGAACAUUAAAGCCCUCAGAAGCUUGAGUUUAAAUUCCAUCUACUUGGAUACAACUUUUUUCAACCCUAACUACAACUACUUUCCUGCCCAGGCGGACAGUUUAGCUAGACUAGUUACUUUGUGCAGCGAAUGGCUUUCGCUAGACGACCGGAACGUCAUAUCCAUCAAACUACCGGCUCUCAUAGGUUCGGAGUUUCUGUUCAUGGAACUUUCCCGCCAACUGAAGCAAAAGGUUCACGUCCAACAGAAAGAAUGGCAACAGUAUCGGUACCUAGCAUGCUUGGACGAGUCCAUCACUCCAGACAGCUCGGCCGCACGGAUUCAUGCCUGCUUGGGCACAAGCUUCCGACAGGACGUCGGAAAACUACCCUGUAAACCGGAGCUGGAUUGCAACCGACACGUUCGGGUGAUCCGGCCGUCAGCUUUGCGAUGGCAGAAGCUAGCUGUAGGGGAUCCCUACUGGAAACGGCUGAGGAAGGAUAGGGAAGAGUACGCGGUUUGCUACUCAAACCAUGCUAGCUACGAGGAGUUGGAGGAUUUUCUUCGGUAUCUUCGACCGAAGCGGGUGAUAUUUUGCGUUCUUCCGAAACAUGACCCGGAUGGGGAAAGAAUGAAUUUGUUGCUGGGGAAUAUUUUAGGUGUAGAAGAGCGAACUGUUGUCGGCGAAGAUAUGAACGAAAAUGUGCUUUUGAGCUUCAAGGGUAUCGUUUAUCGGCAACCAGAUCGGAGCAGUAAGCAGAUGCUCUCUGACGACGACAGUGGCGAGGAAGAUACUGUGAUACAUCAUCUGCCUAAACGAUACCGUAAGGAGCUUUCAUAAUAAAGCUUUGGCCAUCUUUUGGAUACUGGGUUCGCCAUAUAGUACAGCGAGCUCGUGGUUUAUCCUUCGCCGCCACACACCGUUUUCCUGCACACCGCCGAAGAUCGUCCUUAG